AUGUCCUUCGAACUCCCCUCCAAGCCCCAUGAGCCCUUGAUGGGCGGGGCAGAGGAAGAGAACUACCACCAUGAGCCCGCACCGCCCCGACACCGCAAGGCAAGCCCGCGAUCAACGCUCAUCCUGUGCGGCUGGAUGCUUCUGGGAUUGCUGGUUGCCGUGAUACUUUUCGGCCUCGGAGUAUCCAUUGGAAAGGGCAUUCCGACCAGGAAGCGCGAGGGAUUGUUGAUCCCCGACGGCGAGAUCCAGAUCCGCAUGGAAUACAACAGCACCUUCUCGCAGCACCCUUCGCCUGAGACCGACGCGGCGUGGGCCUCCCUCUUCCCCAAGGGAGUCGGUUUCGUCAAACACCCAACCCUGGCACCCGAGCUGUCCGGGUUGGUCGUCUUCCACGCGCUGCACUGUCUCAAUGCCCUGCGCGAGGUCUACUACGCCGCCAUGGACGGGCAGCUGUCCCAUGCGGCGGACGAGCACGACCACAUGAAGGACCCACACCACGUCCGGCACUGCUUCGACUACCUGCGCCAGAGUCUGAUGUGCGCGGCUGACACGAACCUCGAGCCCGUGGACAAGGAGCUCCAGGGGGUGACGGGGUGGGGGUAUAGUCGGACGUGCCGGGACUACGAAAGCGUGAAGGCGUGGGCGGAGGCAAACUGGUCGAAUGAUCCUUCCUAG